AUUAAAGAGUUUCGAGUUUAAGGUCAAGAUUUUCUACACAAUAUAAGUUUGAGCUUGAAGACUAAAUAAACAAUAUAAAUAUUUUUUAAUAUGAAAUAAAUACACCUAUACAUAUGUAUUGUUAUUGAAAAAAUAAAAGAUUGACAUUUUAUUCUACUAGUGUAAAGCACGAACAAUCGCCCAUCGCUAAUUUGUCCCUCGGGGGUUGCUGUCCGUAGUCGUUUCCAUAGAAACUGUAAUACAAAUAAAACACGACGAUGGCGGAAAACAUAUGCCAGUUUUAUCGAGAGUUUUGUGCCGAAAACCAAAUAAAAACAAAUCCGUACAUUUUGCAGAUUUUACAGGAGCGAAAUCCGAACGGGGAAUUCGCCUUAAAACUGAGAGGAAACCAACGACUGAGACAAGUUCAGCGACUCAGUGAUGACGACGUCCUCGUCCUCUGCAAGAGUCUGCAACGAUUAUCGUGUGUAACAGAUCUUGAUAUAAAGUUCAACAACAUCACAAAUGCCGGAAUCACACACCUGGCUGAGCUCUUGCAGCAGGAGAACUCACGUGUUCGCACUUUGGACCUGAGUUUCAACGACAUCCUGACCCACGGAGCUGAAACCCUCAGCAGGAGCCUGAAGAGUAACCACACCCUGCUGUCCCUCAGACUGUCAGGUAAUAAAAUUGGAAACGAAGGAUCAAUGCAUAUGGCCAGUUUGCUGCAGGUGAACGACACUCUGGAGGAGCUGGAGCUGUCAGACUGUGACCUGGUGAACACACACACACACACACACCACGAGCCAAUCAGAAGCCACCAUGACCAACUCCACCCUGCUGUCUCUCAGGCCACUCAGAGUGUGACCGCGCUCGCCAUCGCUCUGAAAAACAACCCCGCUCUUCGCUGCAUCGACAUCAGCCGACCUCUGCUCUUUAGCCACCAGGAGGAGUGGGCGGAGCACUGGGCCAACAUGCUGGCUCUGAACAGCAGCCUGGUGGAGCUCCAUCUAGGGAAGACAGGGUUGACAGACACCGGGACGGAGAAACUGACCCGCGGUCUGAGGUUCAACCACAGCCUGCGUUACCUGGACCUCCGCUGCAACCACGUGACCCGUGAUGGAGUCCACCAUCUGACUAAGAUGCUGAGGGAGAACCAGACCCUGGAGCUCAUUGAUCUGUCCUCCAACCGGAUUGAGGAUGAAGGUGCCGAGUAUCUGAGCGAGGCGAUCACGUCUCCAGGCUGCAGCCUGAAAGAGCUGUCAGUGAAAAGCAACAACAUCACUACACAGGGUCUGCUAGCUCUGACUCGAGCGAUCAAAGCUAACACGACUCUGACUCACAUCUACGUUUGGGGGAACCACUUGGAGGAGCCAGUCUGUAAGGCCUUCAGAGAGCUGGUCUCCAGCAACCGUCUGCAGCCACAUCAGACUGAUGUCAGCGCCUAUGAGGUCGACGGUCAGGUGUUCCUGGCCGAGGCCUCCCAUUGCUUGAGGAGACAUUUUUACAGCUUGGAUGAUUAUGGUACAAAUACACAACCCUGACAACAAGCACCGGCUCCAGCCGACAGGAAACAAACUGAA